GGGUAGCCCAUGGACCGGUCCGUAGGGUAGUCCGCGGACCCGGUCCGUUGUCGGGGUCCGCAGACCGGGGGUCAGUAUUUUCGGGUUACCCGGGAGCAAAAGAAAAAAAAUAUUUGAAAUAGCGAGGUUCAAAAUAACUGGUCAGCAUUUAAUAUGAAAAUAACAACUAAUACUAGUUAAUGUUCACUGAAAAUAUACAGAACGUUUUUCCUUGCACGUAAGGUCCUUACGCCACGAAGGGCAGAUGGUCUCGCUUUCAUGUUACUUCCGGUCUACAGGUUCCAAAAUGGCGGACAGUCAACACGAGGAAGUGUUGUUCGGAGAAAACAUUGACAAGAGUCUGUUUGAGGAAAACAUGGUUAAGAUUGCUCAGCAUUUGCGAAGACAAGGUAAAAGUGUCUUCGAUUUAGAAGCAGCCAAAAGAGAGAUGUCGCCAGAAAAAGAUAAAUAUGUUUUCAUCACAAUAUUCAAAGGCCAUGCAUCGAUCGUUGUUGUUGAUAAAGAACUGUUCGAUACUCUUUUAUUUCCGCCUGUUUGGGGACAGAUGAUAGAUGGGCCUGCUCUCACAUUCAGGGAGGACAGCGAAGCUGCUAAAAGAAUGGCUACCACCAUACCACUACAGCAAUAUCACGUUUGCCUGGAUGACUCCAGCACUAAGUAUAUUUUGGCUCGUAAUAUGUACUACAUGAUCUGGUUGCAGAAAUCCCGGAGUUUCUAUGUUGGCGAGACUGCCAUGGCGUACUUCUAUCUUCAGUUGCUCUGCCUUACUGUAGUUCCACCGCGGUAUCGGUUGAUCAUUGACGACUGUUUAGAGUUUGCUAAACGAUUUGCCAGAGAAAUAGCGGUUAGAGAGAACGGACUAAGGGAGACAGAAGUUCGAGUGUUGUACAGGACUCUGUCAGUGUCUGAGGACUACACAAGCGCUGCAGUUGAGCAGGCAUCUCGAAACAAUCCAACAAGUGGAUUAACUGGAGCUUUCUCUUACUUUAUGAGUCUCAGACUGGAAAGAUUUCUACUUGCCCUUGUUGUAGCGAUGCUCGCGAUCGCAGUGUUUCGGUAUGUUUUUAAAUAACCAGAUACUAAACUGCUGUUGAGUGGCGAAAGACAAGUCUACAAGUACAAGAACAACUUCCGGGUUUAAAAAAGGCGAUCAAACACUUCCGGUUUAACUUUGUAAGAUAUAAUCGACAUUUUAUGUGUUGUUGCAGAGAGAAACUUUCUGGACUGUUAACACUUGUAGUUGAAAAAACAACUAUUCAGGAAAGAGUUUUAUGGCAGAAUUUACUCUUGUUUUAACUUUUUAGGACAUUCAUUUUACCAUUCUAUUGCGAUAGAUCGUUUUCACGUGACGUCAUCAAAUUCCAAAAUCCAAAACUCAAGAGCCAC